CAGAGAGAGAGGAGUGUAGUUGUGGUGUGUACAUGCCCUGCUUUGUACCACUCCCUCUAAUCUCUCCAGCCCUCUGUCUGUGUUGUUUUCCCUCAGAGUUAGCCCAUGCGAGCAGCGUGUGGACUGAGUGCAGCUGUUUCGUUCAGAGCAGAGCCCAACAUGUGAGAAGAUGUCUGUUGGAGGUUGUGCUUGUCCCGGCUGUUCGUCAAAGUCAUUCAAGCUGUACUCUCCUAAGGAGCCCCCCAACGGCGGCAGCUUUCCCCCCUUCCAUCCAGGCGCUAUGCUGGACAGAGAUGUUGGGCCUACACCCAUGUACCCCCCAUCAUACAUGGAGCCUGGAAUGGGGAGACCCACACCGUACGGGAACCAGACAGAUUACCGGAUAUAUGAGCUGAACAAAAGGCUACAGAAUUGGACAGAGGACUGUGACAAUCUCUGGUGGGAUGCCUUCACCACAGAGUUCUUUGAGGAUGACGCCAUGCUCACCAUCACGUUCUGUCUGGAAGAUGGACCAAAACGAUACACUAUCGGCAGGACGUUGAUUCCGCGAUACUUUCGAAGUAUUUUUGAGGGGGGCGCCACUGAGUUGUUCUAUGUGUUGAAACACCCAAAGGAGUCCUUCCACAGUAACUUUGUGUCUCUCGACUGUGACCAGUGCACCAUGGUGACCCAGAACGGCAAACCUAUGUUCACACAGGUGUGUGUGGAGGGCCGCCUGUACCUAGAGUUCAUGUUUGAUGACAUGAUGAGGAUCAAGACGUGGCACUUCAGCAUCAGACAACACAGAGAGGUCCUACCAAGGAGCAUUUUGGCUAUGCAUGAUCCCCAAAUGCUUGAUCAGCUGGCUAAAAAUAUCACCAGAUGUGGGCUGUCCAACUCCACGCUCAACUACCUCCGUCUAUGUGUGAUAUUGGAGCCCAUGCAAGAGUUGAUGUCAAGGCAUAAGACCUAUAGCUUGAGCCCCAGAGACUGCCUGAAGACCUGCCUCUUCCAAAAGUGGCAAAGAAUGGUAGCACCUCCAGCUGAGCCAGCCAGACAAGCUCCAAACAAGCGGCGGAAAAGGAAGGUGUCCGGUGGAAGCACCGUGAGCUCUGGCGGUGGCAGCAAUAACAACAGCAACAGCAAAAAGAAGAGUCCAGCCAACAGCUUUUCACUCUCCAGCCAGGUACCUGACCUGGUUGGAACAAAAACCUGUACAGUGCCGGAGCUUGAGGACCGGAGUUGAGAACCACUACGCUAAAUCUUAAAUACACACACUCACACACUCUCACACACACACACACACACACACACACACACACACACACACACACACACACACACACACACACACACACACACACACACACACACACACACACACACACACACACACACACACACACACACAUACUCACUCACUCACUCACCUACACCUACAGCAUAAAACAUUGAGGUACUGGAGAGAGGUGGUACGCAGCAUGUCUGGACCAGAGCACCAGAUGCUACAGAAGUGUGUUUUCAUUUUCUAUGUUUUAGAACCUGUUUUGAAUUGUUUUUAUUUUUGUAAACAAUUUCUAAAAACUAAACAGACAAACAAGCAAACAAAAACACCCCAGACUAUUCUUUGCACUGUUUUCCACUAUUAACUCCAAUCUAUUUUUCUUAUGAAUUGACAGUGUAUUUUUUUUCUUCUAUUAUUGCUAAUGUAAGAAUUGUAAAACAUCUGAAACCUGCAGUAUAUUAAUGUAUACGUAUUGCUGUUAGAUCAUUCUUAUUGUGAUGGUAAUAACUUCCAUGUAAGUCUGUGCUUAAUAUAAUGUCCCCUAUCUGUGUCAGCCAUCACACUGUCAUCAGGUCCAUUGGCUUCAGUGCUAGACGGGAGAACAAGGCUAGUGUUUUAAUACUGUACUCCCAUCUUGUUUGAUGUGAGUCCAAAGCUGCACACUGGAAACAUUUUCCCCACUAACAUCCAGCGCCUGGUUUGGAUCUGUUGACUUGUUAUUGCAGAACUGUUUGCUUUGUCUUGAAUCUCUAUCUGGGGGUCCUCUCUUCAGAAAACAUAAUAACAGAAAACUUCUCAAAUUUGCUACUCAAAAAUAUUUUAAAAACAAGUUUUGACAGGAUUGUAAAAUAAGAAAAAAGACUUUUGUAUUAACUUAAGUUUCCCAGAAAUGUUUUUAAUCAAGAUUAAGAAAGCUGCAGACCAAGGAGCUACAUGUAAAGAUUCUUUAGAUAUUGAUUAUACUGUGCUGUUUUAUGUUUUAUGACGAAUCAUUUUGUUGGCUUUACUCAUGUUUGUGUCUGUGCUUGUAUAUUUUUAGGUAGUCAUUUCUGUAAAAGUUAUUCAACGUAUCCCUCCCUAGAAUUAUGAGAAACUUAAUCUAAUGUAAAGAGAUGAAAAGCCCUCUUAAGUCUUUUUAAAUGUGAUAUUUUUAACAGUACAAUCACUGAUAAAAGAAUUUUCCCCUCAUUUUAGCAAACUGUAUUUAUUUUUCUAUGUACUGACAUUUCUGUUUAGGUCCAACCCACCUGUAUUAUACUCAUGAUGAUGUAUGGAAGAGUUUGUGGGGCUACUGAGUCAGUUAAUGCUAAUACAGGUCAUUCCAUUACUUGUGUUUUUUGACAUGGCACUCCCAGGUUGUUCUGGCCAGUUUAUCACUAUGGUCAAGUAUGUUAUCAUAUAAGAGAUGGCCAUUUUCUGCUGUUGGAGGUACCUGGUCUAUCUGAAAACCGGAUGCACUAAAAACCAAUAAAUAACCACAUUUAGA